UCAUGUGACGUGGACAUGAUUAGUCUUCUCUCAGGCUACAAAAUAAAUGGCUGACUGCAUAGAAAAACGGCACACAGACACUUUAGGAGGCAGAAGUUGUUGCAUAUUUAGAUGAAUGAAUACCUCAGCAACAUGACGUACUGCCAAGCUGAUUGCGAUUUAAGCAGAUGACGUCUUGCCUCCAAAUUGUCCUGUUUGGCCCAACAAAUUUUAAGUCUAUUUGAGAUUCUAGAUCUACUGUGAAAUCUCUCCAACCGUGGACAUGGCAGAAUUAAAAAGCACGAGUCACGUUGGCCAAAUCAAAGGAUGGCAAAAAUUUGUUAAAAAAAGGUUUUUUUUUUAGGGAUGUGAAUUUCGUAAGGUCAAACAAAGAGGAAGAAGGAAGGGAAGAGAAACUUGGAGUUCUCAGCAGUCUGUCCACAUUUCGAGUCUUGUAGAGUAAGCGCGCUCCCUGAGUACCCUCCCCAUGUGGUGUGUGUGCGUGCGUGCGUGCGUGUGCGUGUAUGUGUGUGUUUUAAUUCUUACUGAACAGUUGGUUGGCCCCUAACCCAUAAGAUGAGAGUAACCGUAUCAGACCUGAAAAGAAAAGUUACCAUAAGUACAACUAUACAAGCUACCAUAUGCAUGGGUUCUCAGUGUUUAUCAACAAGAUGUUAUGAGGAGGGGCAAGACACUGGCAGCCAACCACGUGAGCUAAUUGUUUUCAACGACAGCGGUUUCCAACAAUAAGAGGUUGAGUUGUGCGCAGCCAGGUUUGCGCAGUCAGGUUGUAAACAACAUUUAGAACCCAUGUAUAAGAACAAGGACAAUGGGGGUAUACAUGAGUACUACAAUGGUGUAAUGUAAAAUGGGGGGUGGAUGUUAAGUCUGUGGAGUCAGCAGAGCUAGCCGUGUCAGAGGGGGCCCUGACCCUCUCGUGUGGGGCUGGCUUAUGGGUCGUGAGGUGAUGAGGUCUUCCGUCUCUGUGGGAGCGGAUCGGGCUCUGUGAUUGGCAGGGGGUUUGGACAGGGCUCUCUGAUUGGCUGCAGCUACAGCAGGAAAUCAGAGGCGGGAGAGAGAUCACAUGAGCCAGACUCAGUCAUGGGAGGGGAGCUUAACACACACACACACACACACACACACACACACACACACUGAAUGAGCUUUGAUUCCAUUUCUUGGGCACACGCACUCAUUCACGCCCGGACUCCCUGCAAGAUAGGUUUACUAGGAGUUGGCACAGUGUUAUCUGUCGUUGGCCAGAUAACCCACCUGUGCACCUGCUGAACUGAUGCACUUCUUGGAACUAGCAUCCUCUACGUGACUGCUACCUGAGUCAGACCUCCUGGCGAACCUCCUGGGUGACACACACAUAGACACACACUAGGAUUUGAGAGAUGGACGACCACAGUAUGCACCAUGGCCAUCACAUGACCCAGCCGCCCCCGUUGCCGAUGGUGACGGAGAGCGACGGGAUGGGCCACAUGGACCACGGCCACCACACCACCAUGGACCACGGCGACCACGGAGGACACGACAUGAUGAUGCAAAUGACAUUCUACUUUGGCUGCAAAAAUGUGGAGCUCCUGUUUGCAGGUCUUGUUAUUAACACACCGGGAGAGAUGGUGGGUGCGUGCAUCGCCUGUUUCCUGCUGGCCAUCUUCUACGAGGGCCUGAAGAUCGGCCGGGAGUUCCUCCUGAGGCGGAACCAGGUGAACGUGCGCUACAACUCCAUGCCCGUACCCGGCGCAGACGGAACCGUACUCAUGGAGACGCACAAAACCGUCGGAGGUGUCCCCCAGCCGCUUAAUUUUAAAAGUAAUUCUGUAGACAGUCUGAGCUCCAGGGAAAGGAUGUAUAGGCAGCGGAUGUUGAGCCUGGCGCACCUGAUACAGACGUUGCUGCACAUCAUCCAGGUGGUGGUCAGCUACUUCCUCAUGCUGGUCUUCAUGACCUACAACGGCUACCUGUGCAUCGCCGUGGCCGCGGGGGCCGGAGUCGGAUACUUCCUCUUCAGCUGGAAGAAGGCGGUGGUGGUGGACAUCACGGAACACUGUCAUUAGCACCUCCACGCCCUCCACCGGCACCUCCUCUCAGACCCCACCCCCUCCCCAUACACACACACACACACCCCUUAACACCCAAAGAAGGCAAUGGUGGCUGUCGACAUCACACAACACCGUCAUUAGCCCUCCACACCCAUCCAGACCCCCUCUCUGACCGCUUCAAUACACACACACACACACCUUGACCCCCCACAAACAAGGCAAUGGUGAUCCACAUUAUGGAAUACUGUCAUUAGCCACACACACCCACACGGACCCCAUCUCUUGUUCCACACCUCCCAUACAGACGUCCCAGCCCCUUAAGAAGGCAAUGGUGGUCGACAUCACAGUGGUGGUCGACAUUUGAGCCCAAACUCUAUUGUUCCACAGCUUCACUCUCUCUCCUCUACAGACGUGCACCCCACCCCCCUCUACAAGACACACACGUCCCACACGUCCCAUCUCCCCAAAGAAGGCAGUGAUGGUUCGCCCACAUCACGUAGCACUGUCAUUUCACCCUUCCUCUCUCUUCCUCUUCCCCUCCAAGCAGCCCUUCAGCCUAAACCCAAUACACAUCCAUCCACAUUACAUUAACCCCCCCAACACUGACAUACAUGAGCAGACGCAUUCAUAGGCAUAUCUGGCCCUCUAAUGACACUCGACUCCCAUCCGCAACACACAAUGAAACCUUCAGAUGGACCUUAGGCAUAAACUUAGACAACUACACGUUUGUUGUUUUACACGGUAGCCAUUUUGUCCAGUUAGACAAAUGGAUCCAGUUGGAUCUAGUUAGGGGUUAGUAUUAUUAUCU